UAUAUGCUUUUCUUUUUUUUUCCUAGGAACGAAAGGAGAAGAUCAAGGCUGAAGCUGCUGCUUCUGCUUCUAUGCCCACUUUACCCAGUUUUGGACAGUCCUCUUAUGACACCUCCCCUAAUUUCUCUAUGGAAGACUUUGAAGCCCUGGGUAUUUGUUCCCCAAUGUCAUCUAGCCCUCCAGUUGCAGGGGAGAGGAUACUGUUCUCAAAUGUUGCGAGGUUUGGUUUUGCUGCUGGACACGAUUCUCCAGCCCUGAAAAUUGAGGAAAAUGUUCCUCUACAAAAUAACAAGCCAGGAAACAAUUCUUCCAAUUUAAAUGGUUCAAGAAAUUCAGGCCCAUCAUCAUUUGCCAAUGUAACAGCCAGACCAAAACCUGAAGAAAAUGUCGAUCCUUCAAAGAUGAAUGAGGUUAGUAAGAAAGGGAAGAAACCAAAUCGAGUCCUCUUAUCAACAACUGGUGGUCGGCGCUACUGAAAGUCUGAAACUUAGGUUUCUAACUUUUCAACUGCAGUUAGCUACAGCUACUUUUUAUCCUGAUGCCAACCUUGUGCAUGAAUUCUAUAAAUGAACUAGCAGUACUGAUACCCGGAGAUAGCUCUAGAAAGAAUAAAAUGUGAAUCUUUCUGUGUGCAGUGUGUGCCUUUUACUAUACAUUUGUGUUGUAUGGCCAUUGAAAGGAUCACACAUGCCAUUCAGUAGAACUCCUAUUUGAUAUCAGUGAACCUCAAAUCUUGGUGAGUGGCCGAAUUCCACUCACAAAAUUUAUGGGAAA